GGCUCUCCGCUGCCGCUGGCGCUGCCACUGCCACUGCCGCCGUCGCUGCUCCGCUCCGCUCGUCGUCUGGCUGAUUAGUUUAGUUUGUGAUUUCAAUAUAUGUAAUUAAUUUUUGUUUCUGUAGCGGUACGGACGGACGCGUCGCGACGUUCGCUUGGUCCGCUUGGAGCAGCUUGGAGUUCGAAUUCGGUUAGCCAGCCGUCGCUGUUUCGUAUUUAUUAUUAUUUUUUAUUUUUUAUGAGUAUUCGUAUUUCGUAUUUCGUAUUUCGCAUUUCGCAUUUGUAUCUGAAUGUUUCUUUGGCACUGCGUACGUGUGUGAGGAGGCGAUUGUGCGAGUUUCCUUCUCUUUCAACUUGCCUUUUUCGUGGUCGCCGCCGCCGCUGCUAAAAUGCAAAGAACACGCUCAGGCAACGUAAAUGGCGCCGCGCUAACGAAUGGAAUUGGAAUAUCAAACAGUGCCCCCCAGAGCCCCAAAUAAAAGUGGAAAAAAAAUAAGAGGAAUUAAAACCGAAAUACAACAAGCAACAAACAAACUUCGUUUUGACAAAAACCAACCCCCCUCCCCCCGCGCUUUUUUUACGUGUGUGUGUUUUGUGCCAGUGCUUGUGCUUUUGUGUAAAAAAAACGUUUGCAACAACAAGAUAAAGCGCGUUCGAGAGGAAUUAUUAUAAAAAAAAAAAGCAACAACAAAUGAACACUUGCUGGAAGCUGAAUGGCUAGGCAACAACUCAAAUGAAAGCUACAACCAAGUGAAACAAAAUACCUCCAGCUGUACAAAUAUUGAUUGAUAUUGAACAAGUUUAAAAGAAAUAAACAUAAAUGCACAAAUUUAAAGCAAAGUAAUGGGGAAACUAAAACAAAAAGCAGUCGGAGAUGACUAAAUAAUGUAUAUGUAAACUAAGCUCGUUUUCCCGCAACCCGUCCAAUUGAAAUCCCAAAAACAAAAAUACUAUGUGUGUUUCAAAAAUGUUUGAACAAAUACCGUAGGAAAUACCGUUAGGUGGCGAAAGUGUAUCUGUUAUACCGUUAUACCGUAAAUAUAGCGAGUGCUUUGAAUUAGGUGCAAGAAAUACUGAACUUCGGUAACUGGCUGUUAUAAUUUUCGUUAAUUUUUUGUUUUUUGCUUGAAAAGUAAUGUACAAAGUAUCACGAAGAAAUUUAACAACAAACAAAACACAAAUAACGAGGAAGAUAACGGGGCAAAUUGCAACUGCAGGACAGCAAUAACAACAAAGCAAAACAAAGUAAUACAAAACAAUAAUAAUUCACCAAUAUAAGACCAACAACCAGCAGACAGAGCGAGACGGAUAGAGGCAUAAACAAACCGCACAAGCGAGUGCGAGCAAGAGGGCGUGCGUGAGAGCUUGCCGAAAGAGCGCGAGAAGGAGAAAGGUGGCGAGAGAAAGGGAGAGCGCAAAGCUUCAUGCAGAAAAACAAGAAACAGCGCAAAACAUCUGGAGAACAUGGAGGGUGCCAGUCGCAGCAGGAACUCCUCCACGAGCCACAGCCAAGGUCGCGGCCAGGACAUUGAGGAUCUCAAGCAAGACAUUCCCUACUUUGACGACCCACCGGCCCUUGAUGCCGAUCUGCUUGUUCUGGGCAAGAGCGAAUGCCAACUGGACGAGCUGGCCUGGGAUCGCGAUGCGGAUGCGGAUGCAGAUGUGGAUGCAGAUGUGGAUGCGCCGCUAGAGACGGCACCCGCCGUCGAUCUCGAGGAGGAUAACUACCCGGAUGAGAACGAGAGCUCGGUGCUGGGCAGCGACUAUGCGCCCAGUGGGAGUGGCAGUGGUGCCAAUAGCUUCUAUCAAUCGCCCACGCCCUCUGCCGCCGGAUCCGGUUGCGAUCUGAUGCUCCGACCGCCCUCCAAUUCCAUGUACCACUUCAACUACCGAUCGCCGGGCAGUCCAAUGCCCGUGGCACCGGCAGUGGCCAACUCUCGAGGUCUGCAUCCGUAUGCACAUUCCCCGGCGCAUGGCAAUCCGCCUGGCUUCUAUCCGAACAUGUGGUAUCCCAAUGCACCAUACGGAUCGGCCGGAGGAGCCGCCGGAGGAGCCGUGUCCGGUGGCAGGUACAUGGGCUACGGAGCGCCAGGUGGAGUGCCAGGUGGAGCCAGUUCGGGUCCGGGUGCGGGUCCGGGUCCAGGAGCAAUGCAAGCGGCAUAUCCCGGGCACUCGGCCCACAUGCAUGCGCUGCAUCAUCAAUAUCCGCAGCCACAUCCGCACGCCCACCACCCGCAGCAUCCGCAUCACUCACCGCAUCCGCACCACCCGCAUCCGCACGAGACCAUGAUGGAGAUGUUUCAGCUCUCGAAUAGUGGUCGGGAGGCGCGAAACCGGGCGGAAAAGAAUCGGCGGGACAAGCUGAAUGGAUCCAUCCAGGAACUAUCCACAAUGGUGCCCCAUGUGGCGGAGUCGCCACGUCGAGUGGACAAAACAGCCGUUCUGCGCUUCGCCGCCCAUGCAUUGCGAUUGAAGCAUGCCUUUGGCAACAGUCUGAUGCAGCAGCGACCACAGAUCACGGACACACUGAUGGACAUGCUGGACAGCUUCUUCCUCACGCUCACCUGCCAUGGCCACAUACUGCUGAUCUCGGCCAGCAUUGAGCAGCACCUGGGCCACUGUCAGUCGGAUCUGUAUGGGCAGAGCAUCAUGCAGAUCACCCACCCGGAGGACCAGAACAUGCUCAAGCAGCAGCUGGUCCCCACCGAACUGGAGAACCUCUUUGACGCCCACGGCGACUCGGAUGCGGACGGUGAGCCCCGCCAGCGGAGCAAAGCCGAGGAGGACGCCAUCGAUCGCAAGCUGCGCGAGGACAGGCGCAGUUUUCGAGUGAGAUUGGCUCGUGCGGGUCCCAGAUCGGAACCCACCGCCUACGAAGUGGUCAAGAUCGAUGGCUGUUUUCGGCGUAGUGACGAAGCGCCGCGCGGCGUGCGCUCCAAUCAUUUCAGCUCCAAUCUGCAGUUGAUCAGGAGGACUCGCGGUCGUGAUGAUGUCAUUCCUCUGCACACCAUUAGCGGCAACGAUAUCAUACUGACUGGCUGUGCCCGGAUAAUCCGUCCGCCAAAGAUCGCCAGUCGGCUGAUUGAUGCCAACACACUGGAGUACAAAACCCGCCACCUGAUCGACGGCAGGAUCAUCGACUGCGACCAGAGGAUUGGCAUCGUGGCCGGUUACAUGACGGACGAGGUGCGCAAUCUCAGUCCAUUCACCUUUAUGCACAACGACGAUGUGCGCUGGGUGAUCGUGGCCCUGCGGCAAAUGUACGACUGCAAUAGUUCUUAUGGCGAGUCCACCUACCGCCUGUUCACCCGCAACGGAAACAUCAUCUACCUGCAAUCGAAGGGCUAUCUGGAGAUCGACAAGGAGACGAACAAGGUGCACUCCUUUGUCUGCGUGAACACGCUGCUGGGCGAGGAGGAGGGCAAGCGGCGGGUGCAGGAGAUGAAGAAGAAGUUCUCGGUGAUCAUCAACACCCAGAUACCGCAGUCGACCGUCGAUGUGCCCGCCUCCGAGCAUCCGGCUCUGCUGGAGAAGGCCGUACUGCGGCUCAUCCAGAAUCUGCAGAAAUCGGGCGAGAAUGGCGGCCAUGAUGACGGCGAUGAGGACGAUGAUGCGCAGGAUGACGACGACGAGGAGGAGGAUGAUGAUGACGAUCAGGACGAUGGGGCACGGAGCAUGUCUGAAUUCGGCGAUCCCUAUGGCAGCCAUCAUGGUCGAUCGCAUCACGGUUCCUCGGCACUUUCCUCCCACGGCCAUGGUAGCUCCAAGACUCCGCCGCUGGCACUGGUUCCACCGGAAACGUCCUCCGUCAAGUCGGCGAUCUCGAAGAGCAUCAGUGUGGUCAAUGUAACGGCGGCCAAGCAUCUGCGCGGUGUCCACGGAUCGGCGGCAGUCAAAUCGCCCAGCUCCUUGGGCAGUUGCACCUGCAGCGAGUCCCAUUCGCCCUGCGGCUUCUGCCAGGCUCCACCCACGCCCGAUCCCCAAGCGGCUGGGUCCACCCUGAAGAGGAGCAGCACUGCUCUGGCGGAGACCGAGGAGAAGAUGACCAAGCGGCGUUUUAUACCCAGCACUGAAAUCGAGCACGUGCUGCACACGUCUCUGGACCAAAUCGGGCGAAAUCUGACCCAGCAACUCAAUGUGGCCAGGAAUUUGCGGGAACAGAGCCAGCGCUUCGAGUUGCCCCAUGCCCAUCAGCGAUUCGAUGAGUUCAUGCAGGAGCACCAGAAACAAAGUGAGCUGUUUGUGAACAUCAAGAGCGAGUACGAGGUGCAGCUGCAGCACAAGGCCAGCACCCGGAAGUCAUCGGAUUCGGAUCGAAAUCAGGAGGAGCAGCCGCUUCAGGAGGACGACCAGGACUAGGACCAGGAGAUAGGGAGUGCCCGUUCGGCUCUCGACUGAAGGGUUUCAUCGAUGUGAUAUGUAACUACUGUCCUGGCAGCCAGCUCAAGCCCAAACACACAAGGUGUCCCUAAUUCGUAAUAGAACCAAUUAUUCGGGGUUAGGUGGUCAUUCGGUCAACUGAUGGGUAACUGCUGCGGAACAGAUUCAGAUACAGAUACAGAUACAGAUACGGAUACGGAUAGAUAUCCUUUAACCCCAACCUAUGAGUGAGCCUGAGACAAGCAUACUUUAGUUACCCCGCCCACAUGCACACACACACAUAUAUAUAUUUAUAUAUAUAUGUAUUAAUAUAUAUAUAUAUGUAUAUGUAUGUACAUAUAUACACUGUUUGUUCAGUUUGUUGUUUUUAACUUCCUGUCCCACGUAGAAGGACUUUUACAUGCAUGUAGAACUAGUUACCGUUGCCGUGGCCGUUUCCGUUUCCGGUUUCGUUUAGAAUGUUAGAAACAUUUUUAGUAGGUAAAUACAAUUACAACGGAUUCUCUUGAUUACAAUUUGUUAUUUGCUGAUCCCAAUUUUCCAAAACAAACAAACAAUGCUAGAACAAAUAUUCAUAGAAAAGAGUCACGUCAAUUUCCACCGGAAGCGGAAACGGCAACAAACACCCACAAAGGAUAAAGAUAAAGAUAGAGAUAGAGAUAAAGAUUAGCGUAAAUGGGAGGAUUUAAACAAUUAUUAGGCUAAAUGAAAUAUACUAUUAAAACCUAUGUACCAUACGUUGUGCGUAAUGCCCAAACUAAACGUGAUAAAAGACUGUUACCAACUACAUACACACAUACAUAAUACCAAGAUGGAAACACCCGUAAAUCUAUAACUAAAACGUAAACUUAAAUCGGCAUAGUUUCGCAUAAAAAGGAAAUAUAUACAUAUAUAACAAAUAUUCAUACGCGCACUUAAAGGAGGCGUGGCAUAGUCUAAUUACAUUUACUGUACGAACACUUUUUAUAGAUGUUUAAUGUUGUUAUGGUUAAGAUAAAUCCAGACGAAUCGAUGGAUUUUGGCCAAGCACGGUGCACUGCAUAUAACAAGUGAGCCAAGUACAAUUUACACAAAUAUAUACAUAAUUAGAUGCAUAUAUGGUUCGAUGUAAACUAAUAAAUCGAUGUAAAAGCGUAAAAACGGAAGUUAAGAAACCACACACCCACACCCACACACACACACACAAAAACCAGAAAAAGCUGAGGCGAAAAAAAUAUGAGAACUCUGUUAAAUGUUUGUUAUGCAUUUGUUUUUUUUUUUAUCUAAAUUAAUAUUAAACUAAUGUAUUAGUGAAUAAACUUGUG